CCUCUGCUGCCCCCGGCCGUGGCUUUUCUCGCGUCCCCGCGGCUGCGACGGCGACAGGGAAGCCGCGUCUGGCCGGGGCCAGCACCGCCCGCGGCUGCUCCCCAGCAACGCCUCGGGAAGUGAGCUCAGCUCGGCUCCAGCGGACCGGGCCGGGCCCGCCCUGUUCCCGGGCCCCGCUCCGUUCCCGGAUCCCGCUCCGUUCCCGGAUCCCGCAGCGCUGCCAUGGGCCAGGCCCGGCUCCCGGCCCCCCGCGGGCUCGGCUGCUUUGUGCUGGUGCUGCUGCUGCUCCUGGGCGGCUCGGGCAGCCCCGGGACAACGCCGCCGCCCCGGGCGCCCUGGGCGGAGGAGCAGGGAGCCGUCCCGGAGCGGGGGCCGUGGGGCAGGGUGAGGUACGAAGCCGUGAAGAAGCAUUUGGGAGCUCUCUCCAAGCAGUAUUGGCAGUACCUGGCGUGCAGGGUGUGGCAGGAGGGCUGCGAGGAGGAGGAGAAGCAGCAAGAAGAAGGAGAGGCCAGUCCCGUGCCAGGCUGGGGCUUUCCUCUGGUGGGCCAAGAUUACCUGGAGAUCCUCUCUGCCUGGUACUGCAGCUUCGGCAAGUGCUGUGAGACAGGAGACUGCAGGAUAAUCAACAACAUCACAGGGCUGGAGGCAGACCUCAGUGGGCAGCUCCACGGGCAGCACUUGGCCCAGGCCGUGGUGCUGCGGGCGCUGCGGGGAUUCCUGCAGAGCCCACGGCCCCGCAAGGCUCUGGUGCUGUCCUUCCAUGGCUGGUCUGGCACAGGGAAGAACUUUGUGGCUCGGAUGGUGGCCAGUCACCUGUACCGGGACGGGCUGAGGAGUGACUGUGUCAGGGUGUUCGUCUCCCUCCUCCACUUCCCACAUCACAACUACGUGGACUCCUACAAGGCCCAGCUGCAGAGGCAGAUCAGCGAGACCCUGCAGCGCUGCAGGCAGGCCCUGCUCAUCUUCGACGAGGCCGAGAAGCUGCACUCCAGCCUCCUGGACGCCAUCAAGCCCUUCGUGGCUCAGCGCGACAGCAAGGGCCAGGCAGACCAGCAGAGAUCCAUCUUCCUCUUCCUCAGCAAUCUUGGUGGCAACACCAUCAAUGAGGUGGCCCUGGACUUCUGGCGAGCCGGCCGGGCACGGGAGGAGAUCUCCUUGGAGCUCCUGGAGCAGCGGCUGCGGCGGGAGCUGCAGGAGGCUGCAGAGAACAGUUAUGCCCACAGCCAGCUGCUCAGAGAGAACCUGAUCGAUUUCCUGGUGCCCUUCCUGCCUCUGGAGUAUCACCAUGUGAAGCUCUGUGCUCGGGACGCCUUCCUGGCCCGUGGCCUUCCCUACACCGAGGCAACGCUGGACCAGGUGGCCCAGAUGAUGGUGUUUGUCCCCAAAGAGGAGAAGCUUUUCUCUGCACAGGGCUGCAAAUCCGUGCCCCAGCGCAUCAAUUAUUUCAUUCCUUGAACACCAGGGGGACCAGACGUGUGCUGAAGGUGUUCUGCACUCCGGGAGCUGCUCCCUUCACACAGGGUCAGAGGCAGAUGACCCAGCCAGGCACUUGCACAGGGACUUAAGAGAGGCUUAAGCCCCCGUUACUCCCAGAGCUGUUGCAGGGAAGGAGGUGCAUCCCUUACUCCUGGGAUGUGGGGACAGCCUGUGCUUGGCUGCUUUUGGAGCCUGUCUGGUGUUCUAAGUCCCUUCUUUUAGCUGGAGGGGUGAUGUGGUUCUGCUGGCAGGUGCUGUUCCAUAUGAGUGGGGACUGGGAAUGUCCAAGUCCUUGUUUUGUUGCUGUGUGGUGAAGGGAGGCCUUGGACAGGCUGGUCCUGUUGAGACAGUGUGGCCAAAGACACAUCCCUGCCCCCAAUUUUCUGUCAAUUUACAAGACCACAUAGAACUGCUUUGCUGGAGUUGAGGUUUUCCCCUCUGUUGCUCUCUUGCCUUUUUAAGGUGUCUGCUGCUCAGGGACACGUGCCAGAAUUGUAGUCUGUGCAGGGAGAGAAGAAGGACUGAAUAAUCUCCUCUGGAGAUGCCAAAUCCAUAGCUCUCACCUUGGAGUGUCCACCUCUCACUGAUGUCUUCCGUUGUAUGGAAGCAGCUGCGGGGGUGAGGGGAACUUCUGCUGCAAUUAUUUUACUAAGCAGGUUGGUGCAGAGCCCGUUUCCUUCACUGCAAAACCAAAACGGGGAGAGAACUCCUCUGCCCAAGGGCAAAGGGCAGGUGAGGAGGAUGGUGGCUGAAGCAUCAGGCUGCAGCUGCACGUGAGUUUUCAUGGAUGCAGUAAAAGUAAAAGCUUGGGUUUUUUCCUUCCUUUUUUUGUUUUUCUCUUCAGUACAUUUCACGCUGUGGCUUUUUGGCUGGUAUCAGCAUUAUUGUUAUUAUUAUUGUUACAAGGGGCUGUUUGCUGUCUGGGUACUCGCCAGGUGAUAAGUGUGUUGCAGCAGCUCCAAAAAAUUUCAUCAGUGUUACAGGAAUCACUCUGUGACCUCUGGGUCAAAACUCCCUUCCAACAGGGCUGUGCUGGCGAGCAGUGAAACAGCCCCUGCCAAGGACAGGGCUUGGCUUCCCAGCCACCCCCACGGGGACCUUUGCUCUAUUUUAAGCUCUGACCCAUUUUGCAGUGCCAGUGAUGAGCAGUGUGACCUCUGGCAAAGAUUGACCAGACAGACACAUCUGAGCCCUGCAGACCCCGAGUCCCUGCUGGCUCCGUUACCUGAGGAGGCGUCGCAGUCCCAGCAGAGAUGAGCCAGCUGCUCUCCCACUGCUCAGCCAGUGCAGGUGGCUUAACCCAGCCCUGUGGAAUGGACCUUGGGGCUGUGCCAGCGUGGCUGAUCAGGCAUUUCUGAGACUUGGUUUAUGGUUAAUCUCAGGUGUCAGAAACCUGGGAUGGGGGCGAUGGCUCCCUCCAGCUGGGGAGGGAGCUGCUGCCUCACAGGACACAGCUCAGGCUGUGUUUGGUCACCUGGGCACAAAGUUCAGCAAGCUGUGUGCUGAAGGGUAGGAGCCCAAAGGCUGUGUGUGUAAGCCAGGAGCACCUGGGAUGUUUUCUGAAUGUCAGGAAGUGUUCAGCUGGGUUAGGCUGGCACAGGCUGGGUGGCAGGAGGUCGCUGGGGACUGGUUUGAGGUGGACAAGGAGCAGCUCUGGCCGAGGGCGGUGCUGGUGACGCUGACAAGGGCGAGGCCAGGGCUGUGUCACACCUGGGUGAGCUCUGGUCAGCCCCACGACAGCAACAGCUGCUCUCUGACCACGCCAGGGCAACAGUUUGGUUCUAAAUAGAUGCUGCAUAAAUAAAGAUAUUGCUUUUUCUGCAA